UCUUUUACAACAAAUCCCACUAUUUAUUCUACCCACCAAAAGAUGCCCUAGUGUAAAUGAUUGAUCUCAUUGAAAGAAAAUAAUAAUAAUAAUAAUAAUAAUAAUUUUAACAGCAUGAUAACAAUACACCAUAAAGCAAUUAUUGAUAAAGUUACUAAAAAAUUGUUUAAAGAUCCCAUUACAUUUUAACACCAUGAUAACAACACUACAACACAAAACUGGUCAUAUGACAUGUUCUAACCUAAAAGUAAUUUAAAUGUUGUUUUUUCAAGAAAAAAAGAAAAAGAAAAGAAAAGGAAAUAGAGAAGGUGAGAAGGAACCCAAAGCAACCAUUGUGCCACUCCCGCUCCCGCUCAAAAUCUUAGCGCUGAGAACGAUGCAAAUGGCGGCCAAAGGGUGGAUCGAUGGUGACGAGAGCGCAGCUAAGAUGCUUGGUAGGGUUGCAACGGAGCGACCCUUCUUGCUUCUUCCGCCUCUUCAUCGAGUUCCUCUCCGUGUCGGCAAUGUAGUGGAGCUCGUCGGCCCCUCUGCUUCGGCAAAAACCCACAUCCUCAUUCAAGCUGCUGUGAAUUGCAUUCUCCCUAAAGAGUGGAAUGGGGUGCACUAUGGGGGCUUGGAGCGUUUGGUAAUGUUCAUUGACUUGGAUUGCCGCUUUGACAUUCUGCGCCUCUCGGAAAUCCUAAAGCACCAAAUUACGGAGCCCAAUGGGUCAAUGUAUUACGAUGAGGAGUUGUAUGCUUUGUGCAUGAGACGCUUCUUGUAUGUCCGUUGUUAUGAUAGUCUUGAAUUUCUUGCCACUCUCAAGACAUUGCACUAUCGGCUUCAAAAGGAAAAAGAAGUGCAUCAUGUUGGCAUUCAAUUGCUCAUGAUUGACAGUAUUGGACCUUUCCAUUGGGUAGAUCGUGGCUCAACAUUCUUUCCCUUGGGGGGAAAUAAGAGGAAAUGCCUCUCUCUUCAGAGUGUGUUUGAUGCUGUCGUUCAGGAUAUCAAAAAGCUUCUGCUGGUGCAUCCCAUGCUAGUGAUGGCUACAAAAGAAAUCAUAUUGGGGAAUGCAUAUGGCGGGGAUGAGGUCAAACAAAAUAAAUCUUUGCUGGAUGCCUCAGGGUUAAGAAAUUUGGCAAGUAAUACUCAACAACUUCCAUAUCGUGAGUAUAUGCCAUCUGUCUGGCAGUCCUUUGUUACACACAAGAUACUUGUGCGAGCUUCAGAUGAUCAUAUGCCUAUAAGACACUACGAAGAACAUUCCGUCUAUUUGUCAGAAUGGUUGUUGCCUUCAAUUAGUUUUCGAGACAAGUUUACCGUAAAAGAUGCUGGUAUCGUUAUUGUCACAUGAUCUGGAGACUGGAAGGAGUGGCCCUACCUAUGCACAAAAAAAUGAAGGGGAAAAAAAGAACAUAAACCAUAUAUUGUAUUAAAAAAUAUGAGAAUAUGAUAGAGUAGACUAGUGUAGUAGUGUACAUAAAAACAGAGUUACAUUAUAUUGAUAUUUGUUUAAUUAAAGCUUGUAAAUGUUAUUUGAAGAACAAACACAUUUUCCAGCA